AUGAGCAAUAAUAAAUUGAUAUAAAAAGUAUCCUAUAAAUUUGGACCAAAAAUCAUCAGAGCUUACAAAAUAGAAAAUGUAUGAUGUUGAAAAAAAUUUGGUUAGACAUGUGGAAAUCAAUCAACGCCAUUUUAGUUUGGAUUGUCAGGAAAACUAAUCAUAGAUUAAUCUUAUCAAUAAAAACACAAAUCUCGCAAAAAUCUCAUAUACAGAUUUAGAAAAAAUGAUCUCAAUUAUAGGAAUGGUGAAAAGAAUUAAUAUGAUGGAGUUGGAUAAGAGAAAGAAGUUUAGAGGAAGAUGAAGAAUACUAAAAAAAAAGAAACAAAAUCUAUAUGA